AUGGAGGUCUAUCAAUAUUUUAGCAGCACAUCGAAGUUUUACUUCCAAUCAUUUCGCUUAUAUCAUGUGUUGUUAUUCGUAUGUAUCAUCUACUUUUCAGUGGUACUAUAUAACUUGGUAAUAACAAGAAAGAAGCGGAUGCGUGUAUUUGAGCAGUUCCCAGGGCCACCUGGCAACUGGCUGUUGGGACACGUAAAACAGUUUCGGGAAGAUGGAACAGAUUUGGAGAUGAUAACCAAAUGGGGAGAACAGUAUCCCUAUGCCUUUCCAUUGUGGUUUGGCCCUACGAGUAUUUAUUUAUUUAUCCACCAUUCAUCAUAUUUGAAGACCGUUCUUUCAUCAGCAGAACCAAAGGAUGACAUUGCAUAUACCUUCCUCACCUCUUGGAUAGGAGAAGGUUUACUUGUUUCUGUGGGACAGAAGUGGUUUCGCCACAGAAGACUUCUCACUCCUGGCUUCCAUUAUGAUAUCUUGAAGCCUUAUGUAAAAUUAAUGGCAGAUUCAGCUAACAUUAUGUUGGACAAGUGGGAAACCUAUGCAAAAACAGAGCAGUCCUUUGAACUUUUUCAGCACGUUAGCCUGAUGACACUGGACAGCAUAAUGAAGUGUGCUUUUAGCUACAACAGCAACUGUCAGACAGAAAGUGGAACCAACCCAUACAUUAAGGCAGUGUUUGAGCUGUGUUACCUGGUGAAUCUCAGGUUCCGUUGCUUUCCAUAUCAUAAUGAGACUAUCUUCCAGCUAAGUCCACAUGGCUACAGAUACAGGAAAGCAUGCAAAAUUGCACACAGCCAUACAGAGGAAGUCAUAAAAAAGAGGAAAGAAGCUUUAAAUGAGAAGAAGGAACAAGACAUUCUUCAAAAGAAGAGAAAUUUGGACUUUUUGGAUAUUCUUCUCUGUACUCAAGAUGAGCAGCAGCAGGGCUUGUCGGACGAAGCUAUCCGGGCAGAGGUGGACACAUUUAUGUUUGAGGGACAUGACACCACAGCCAGCGGCAUCUCUUGGAUCUUGUACAACAUGGCCUGUUACCCUGAGCACCAGCAGAAGUGCAGAGAAGAGAUCCAGCAGGCCCUGAAGGGAAAGGACAGUAUGGAGUGGGAGGACCUGAGUAAAAUACCAUACACUACAAUGUGCAUUAAGGAAUCCUUGCGUUUAUACCCUCCUGUGCCAGGAUUUGGACGGAAGCUGACCAAACCCAUGACCUUUUUUGAUGGAAGAACAGUCCCUGAGGGUUCUCUCAUUGGCAUCAGUGUUUAUGGAGUCCACCGGAAUGCCACAGUUUGGGAGAACCCCCAUGUGUUUGAUCCAUUACGAUUUCUGCCAGAGAACACUGCUAAGAGGUCACCCCAUGCCUUUGUGCCUUUCUCAGCUGGACCAAGGAACUGCAUUGGGCAGAACUUUGCUAUGAACGAGAUGAAAGUGGUGGUAGCAAUGACACUGAAGAAGUAUGUUCUCAUCAAGGACCCAGAGCAUACUCCAAAGAUGGUCCCUCAAAUAAUCCUCAGAUCCCUCAAUGGAAUAUACAUCAAGAUCAGAUUUGUGAAGAAUGAGCCUUGAGCUGGUGUCUUAAAGCCCCAAUUAGUAUUUUCCCAAACAUGCCGUGGCAUUAGCAUAACAUUUAUUAAAAGAGAGCAUGGUAAAUAGUGGUGCAGCUUGUUGGACUUCCUUUGUGAUUGCAAUAAUGAAAACUGGCACUGACUUCUGAUUGGAGCUUUAAGUUCUUAUAUAACCUUUAAUACAUGGUGUGGCUAAUUUUUACAAUGUAGGAAAAAGUACAUUAAUUACACCAAACAGCAUACUGACAACAUUUUUUAAUUCAUGAAUUGAAUUUUGUUAAUUAUUGACGUAAUCUAUCCAAGGUAUAUCCGUAUCUUAAUUCUUCAGAUAGUCAACAAUAUUAAUCAACUUUUAACUGAUCUUCUCUAAUCACAUGCAUUUCACCACUCACAGUUUUUUUCCUUUGAUUAACUCAUAUUUAAUGUCUAUUUUAUUCACUGUUUCAUCUUAGGUAAUCACAAUGUAAUUUAUAAAGUACUUCACAUACUAUUGUGUAUUUAGCAUUUGACAUAAGUUAAAGGACAUGUGUGAUAUGUAAUUGAUCAAUUAUUGAUAGAGGGAAACAUAUUGUGAGAUGGAUUAAGGUAUUUAAUACAUGGUUGUAAAGAUUGAAUAUGUGCCAAAUGACAACACAAAAGGCAGCAAACUAGAUAAAAAUGUCAUUUAAAGUUUAUUGUCAGUGCAUUUUGUGAUACAAUAUCAGUCUGGAUACAACAAAAGGUAUUU